CAAUUUAGUGGUCCAAUAGUACAUUGGACGAAAAUGGCCUCUCCUCCUCCAAAACUAUUAGGAAAAUACAAAAUGAGAUAAGGAAGAAGAAGAGGAAGUUGAAACCUUGCUAGAAUCCCCACUCAGCACUCACUCUUCUCUUUCCUUAUCUCUAUUGAAGUAGUAACUUGUAUAAUCAUGAGCCUCACUGGGUAGAAAGAAACAAGGAUAGGAAUUAUGGAGAAGAAUGAGAAGGAAAAAGUGAUGGGAAACAAUGAGAAAACUUUGACAGAUGAUGAUGAUCCUAAGUUCAACUAUAGAGGAUGGAGAGCCAUGCCCUAUAUCAUAGGGAAUGAAACUUUUGAGAAGCUUGGAGCUAUUGGCACCUUAGCCAACCUCUUGGUUUACCUCACAGCUGUGUUCAACCUGAAAAGCAUUACAGCCACAAAUAUGAUCAACAUCUUCAAUGGCUGCACCAAUUUGGCUACCUUGCUGGGAGCUUUUGUCUCUGAUACUUACUUUGGUCGAUUCAAGACAUUAGGGUUCUGUACUUUUGCUUCCUUUUUGGGAUUGCUCAUGAUACAGCUAACAGCAGCCAUUAAGAAUCUGCAUCCACCUCACUGUAGGAAGGAGAGCAGCACAUGUGAAGGGCCAACGACAGGGCAAAUGGCAUUUUUGUUGGUCGGAUUUGGAUCACUUCUAGUAGGAGCCGCUGGAAUCCGGCCAUGCAACCUAGCAUUCGGAGCAGAUCAGUUCAAUCCCAACACAGAAUCUGGAAAGAAAGGGAUCAACAGCUUCUUCAAUUGGUAUUUUGUCACAAUCUAUUUUGCAGUCUUGGUCUCCUUAACAUUAAUUGUCUACAUACAAUCAAACUUGAGUUGGGCAGUGGGUUUAGCAAUUCCUGCAGCUUUGAUGCUCCUAUCUUUCUUAGUCUUCUACAUGGGGUCCAAAAUAUAUGUCAAAGUUGAACCAACAGGAAGUCCAGUAACAAGCAUAGUGCAAGUGAUAGUGGUAGCUGCAAAGAAAAGGCACCUGAAGCCUCCAGAAAAUCCAUCGGUUUCCCUCUUUACCUAUGUGCCUCCAAAGUCUAUGAACUCCAAGCUUGCUUAUACAUACCAAUUCAGGUUGCUUGACAAAGGAGCAAUUGUAACCCCAGCGGAUCACAUAAGCCAUGAUGGGUCUCCAACUGAUCCAUGGAAUCUUUGCAGUGUGCAGCAAGUGGAAGAGGUGAAGUGCUUGUUAAGAGUGAUACCCAUAUGGUUCUCAGCCGUUAUUUUCUAUGUAGCUAUUGUCCAACAAAAUACUUUGCUAGUGUUCCAAGCUUUUCAAUCUGACAGAAGGGUUGGGCAUAGCAAUUUCAAGAUCCCAGCAGCAACCUACACUAUCUUCUCCAUGCUGACAAUGUCCAUAUGGUUACCUUUAUAUGACAGAAAAAUGGUCCCUUUACUCAGAAGGCUGACCAGAAGAGAUACUGGCAUCACACUGCUUCAGAGGAUGGGAAUUGGGAUGUUUCUGGCUAUACUAUGCAUGCUGGUAUCUGCCAUAGUGGAAGAACAAAGAAGGACUCUAGCUCUGACAAAGUCUGUUGGAGUAGAACCAAGAAAAGGUGCUAUUUCAUCAAUGUCAGGUCUUUGGUUUAUCCCACAGCUGGUAUUAUCUGGACUGGCUGAAUCAUUUACAUCGGUAGGACAAGUUGAGUUUUACUACAAGCAAUUCCCUGAGAACAUGAGAAGCAUUGCAGGGUCUAUUUACUUCUGUGGAAUGGCAGGGUCAAGCUAUUUGAGCACUCUUCUCAUUUCAAUAGUUCAUAGGAUGACAUCCAAAUCUUCAAGUGGGAAUUGGAUACCGGAAGAUCUUAACAGGGGGAGAUUGGAUCACUUCUAUUACAUUGUUGCUGCUUUACAAGUUCUAAACUUUGGCUACUUUUUGCUAUGUGCCACGUGGUACAAGUAUAAAGAAACUGGCAGCACUAGUCUUGAGCUCCAUGAAGUAUCAAAACAAACAGAAACAUCUGCAAACGGCGUUUGAAGGAAAAAGACAGAUUUCUGAGGACAAAUGGAUUUUGGUGGUCCCUACAAUACACCGAUUUCAACGAUGUUAUCUCUAGAUGUUAGGCCAGUGAGGAGAGUGGAAUAAAUAACUUUGAACUUUGUUAAAAAUGAUAGAAGAGGCUAAAUAGAACACUUUUAGAAGAUGUUAAUCAAAAUCUUUUAAUUAACAAUAUUUCUAAAAAAUUAGUAUAUGAUAAAUUAUAAUGACAUUGUACAAUUCAUAUAGCCAAACCUACCUAAUGGGGAUAAGAUUUAUUGUUGUUGUUGUAGUAGUAGUA